UGGCGUUGCUUGAGGAACCUGAACCCGACCAUGAAGCUACUUCUCGUGCUGACACUCUUGUGGCGCGAGGCGUCGUGUGGCUCUCCGAGCGUCCAGAUCGGUGGUUUAUUCCCCAGGGGUGCAGAUCAGGAGUACAGUGCUUUCAGAGUUGGCAUGGUUCAGUUCGGGACAGCAGAUUUCAGACUGACUCCACACAUAGACAACCUGGAGGUGGCCAAUAGCUUUGCUGUCACGAACUGCUUUUGCUCUCAGUUCUCCCGAGGUGUCUACGCCAUUUUUGGUUUCUAUGACAAAAAGUCGGUCAACACGAUCACAUCUUUCUGUGAGACGCUGCAUGUCUCCUUCAUCACGCCCUCAUUUCCAGCAGAGGGAAUGAAUCAGUUCGUUCUCCAGAUGAGGCCAGACAUCAAAGGCCCCCUUGUGUCAUUAGUGGAAUACUACAAGUGGGAGAAAUUUGCCUAUCUGUAUGACAGUGAUAGAGGUCUGUCCACCCUUCAGGUGAUUCUUGACACUGCAGCAGAGAAGAAGUGGAUUGUCACCGCUAUAAAUGUAGGAAACCUGAAGGAUGAGAGGAAAGACGAAGCCUACCGCUCUCUGUUUCAGGACCUGGAGAUUCGCAAGGAGCGACGCAUCAUCCUGGAUUGUGAACAAGACAAAGUCAAAGACAUCAUGGAACAGGUGAUCACUAUUGGCAGACAUGUGAAAGGAUACCACUACAUCAUCGCUAACUUGGGUUUUGUAGAUGGUGAUCUCACUAAAAUCCAGUAUGGAGGAGCAAAUGUAUCAGGCUUUCAGAUUGUAGAUUUUGAUGACCCCAUGGUGGCAAAAUUUGACCAACGAUGGGAAGCUCUGGAAGAGAAGGAGUAUCCUGGAGCUGAUUCAAGAAUCAGGUACACUUCAGCCCUCACAUAUGAUGCUGUCCAGGUGAUGACCGAGGCAUUUCGUUUCCUCCACAAGCAGCGAAUAGACAUGAGUCGCCGUGGCAACAGUGGGGACUGCCUGGCCAAUCCUGCUGUGCCCUGGGCCCAAGGGGUAGAGAUCGAGCGUGCCCUCAAACAGGUGCGUGUGGAUGGUUUAACAGGGAACAUUCAGUUUGACCAGUAUGGGAAAAGAGUCAACUAUUCAGUUACUAUCAUGGAGUUGAAAAACAAUGGACCUGUUAAGAUUGGCUACUGGAAUGAGGUGGAUAAGAUGGUCGUGACCAAGUCUGACCUUUACCCCAAUGACACCAUGGGCAUGGAAAACAAGACAGUCAUCGUCACAACUAUAUUGGAAGCCCCUUAUGUGAUGCUGAAGAAGAAUGCUGAACUGUUUCAGGACAAUGACCGUUAUGAAGGAUACUGCGUGGAUCUGGCUGCGGAGAUUGCAAAGCAUUGUGGGAUACGUUACCAACUAAGGAUUGUGGGAGAUGGGAAAUAUGGAGCAAGAGAUGCAGAAACCAAGAUUUGGAAUGGAAUGGUUGGAGAACUGGUAUAUGGGAAAGCAGAUAUAGCAGUAGCUCCACUGACUAUAACUCUUGUUCGUGAAGAGGUGAUAGAUUUCUCCAAGCCCUUCAUGUCUUUGGGUAUCUCAAUUAUGAUCAAAAAACCUCAGAAAUCAAAACCAGGAGUCUUCUCUUUCUUGGACCCGCUGGCUUAUGAGAUCUGGAUGUGCAUCGUCUUUGCCUAUAUAGGAGUCAGUGUUGUACUCUUUCUGGUGUCCAGAUUUAGCCCAUAUGAGUGGCAGCUGGAGGAGCCAGAAGAUGGAGCAUUGCCACUGACAACAGAAUCCACCAAUGAGUUUGGGAUCUUCAACUCUCUCUGGUUCUCUUUGGGUGCUUUCAUGCGACAGGGUUGUGACAUCUCACCGAGGUCUCUGUCAGGUCGUAUAGUAGGAGGUGUGUGGUGGUUUUUCACUUUGAUCAUCAUCUCGUCCUACACUGCCAAUCUGGCUGCUUUUCUGACUGUGGAGAGGAUGGUGUCGCCAAUCGAGAGCGCUGAAGACCUGGCCAAGCAAACAGAGAUAGCAUAUGGCACCCUGGACUCUGGAUCAACCAAGGAGUUCUUCAGGCGCUCCAAGAUCGCCUUGUUUGAUAAGAUGUGGCAGUAUAUGAAGUCAGCAGAACCCUCGGUCUUCGUCAAGAAAACUGCAGAGGGUGUCCUUCGUGUUAGGAAGUCCAAAGGGAAAUAUGCCUACCUGCUGGAAUCCACCAUGAAUGAGUAUAUCGAACAGAGGAAACCCUGUGAUACCAUGAAAGUGGGAGGGAACCUCGACUCCAAAGGCUACGGCAUCGCAACUCCGAAAGGAUCCCCAUUAAGAGUGCCAGUAAACCUUGCGGUAUUGAAACUGAAUGAGCAAGGAACCCUAGACAAGAUGAAAAACAAGUGGUGGUACGAUAAAGGAGAGUGUGGCUUCAAGGACUCCACAAGUAAGGAGAAGACCAGUGCUCUGUCUCUCAGUAAUGUUGCUGGAGUCUUCUACAUCCUGGUUGGAGGCCUGGGUCUGGCUAUGAUGGUGGCAUUGGUUGAGUUCUGCUACAAGAGCCGCGCUGAAGCCAAGAAAAUGAAGAUGACAUUUACAGAUGCAAUGCGCUCCAAAGCUCGUCUGUCAAUCACAGGAUCGACCAGUGAGAAUGGUCGUGUCCCGGUGGCCUACCUCCGCCCAGGAUUACCCAUGAGUCUCAGCAUGACUGACCUGUCCUGACUACGCCUGAGCCAGUGCCUUACAGCCAAUCAACAUACACCCCACAUCCCACUUAACACCCAAAAGUGAAUGGAAAUGCUUGCUCUUUAUUCUGUUAGCCAAUCACUGCUCAACAAAGAUGUUCUGCCCUCUGUAAGUCAACCAGUCAAGUCCACUGCUCAGUUCACAUUUUCCAUGGAUGCCUGAGCACACCCCCUAACAUCUUGGACAGAUCUUCUUCUCUUAAGCUGCCAGGCCUCACCCUGGAUCUGCCCACCCAAGACGUCAAUCAACUAACCAACCAGUGAGGAAUAGGCCUGGUUGUUUCCACAGUGAUGAAAAACAAACAGGGAAUCAAGCACAGUGGACAGUUUUCUAAACAAAACAGACAACAACAUGGUUUAUAAGAUAUUUUGAAUAAACAGCAUUACCAUGAAGACUCCUCCUGUAAAUAGCAAGGACAAUAAUGACACUGAUGUUAAGAAAUAUACAUCAAUCAGAGAUGUGAUCAGGAAAUAGGACUCAAAAAGCAAGUCUUUGCUAAAAUGAAUGGGAGUGCUGUCUACAGAUACACUGACAUCCUGAAAAAUCACAUCCAUAAAAUAAUAGUAAUCAUCAUUACAGAUAGAAUGAUGUUAAUGAUGUUAUUGAUUCUAAUUGUUUUCCUUGUUUCUGCUUGAAAAUCCCUCAUUAGUAGAGACUUUUAGACUGAAAACCCACCUGAUGCAUGUACUGGCACAUACACACAAUAUACACUCACAAAAACACCUUUACAUCAACACAGUCACUAACAAACACACAAAAGCGCCCACACACACACACACACACACACACACACACACACACACACACACACACACACACACACACAGUUUUGUUGCCAUAAGAAAGUUCUGAAGCCAAGUGGAUGAGGUGCCAAAUGGACUGACAACCAAUCAGAGCUCUACAUGCUCAGCCCUACUGACAAUGGCAGCUGCUGAUACUGAAACCUGAGCCAAUAGGAGCUGUCACUGCUGGGAGGUGGACAAAGAAACUGUGAACAAAAAUCUUCCUUUUGAUAAAUAUACUGCACUGAUGAUGGCGAUAAAGAAGAAGAUUUGUUUGAAGAGAAGGAUGAAGAGAACAGCAAUAGAAAGUUUGCAUGUCAUUUUUGCUUAUUUUAGGUUUUUGUUAAAGAUGAAGUUGUCAGCCUAUAGCUUUGUGCUUGGCUGCAUUUUAGUGUUUGAUAAUAAUAGUAAUAAGAAUAAUAUAAAUUACAGUAUUGAUGUGGAAGAUGAUUCAUGUUAUAUAGAGUUUAUGCUUAAAGGAACUUCAGUCUGCUAUUUUUCUUCACCAUGCAGCUUUCAUAGGGAAAUCUUUGCUUAUUUACACCUCAGUAUACCGAUGAGUACUGCUAGUGAAACGCUAGCCUAUUAGGACAAACAGCAAAAAGCCUUACCAGCAGAGUGAAAAUGCCUGGUAAAGAAAGAAAAUAGACUGGAACUGAAAAUGUUAAGGUAUCUGCUUCCAUUUUUCACAUCAUCCUUGCCACAGCCAUAUGUGGUAGUCAUAUGUGGGAUUUUCACAGCAUUUAGUGUUUUUCUCCAGAUGAUGAAUUAGCACAAAAUGGUUCUCAAAUAUUUCAGUCAUGGAAAGAGAUACCAAAGGUCAGUUCCCAAUAAACCAUGGUUUAAGUAUAA